AUGGCUUUCAAAACACAAGCUCCCAUCAUCCUCCUUCUGCCCUUAUUACUGUUGUCUCUGUGCUUCAGCUCUUCCCAUGGCUCUACUUAUCACUAUGUCACCUACUGGGGCCAGAACUUUACCGAUCUAGGAGACCUAGAAGGAGAGUUGGUUGAAGCAUGCGCCUCGCUAAGGUACGACAUAAUAAACAUAGGAUUCCUGGAUACCUUCGGCAAUCAUGAUGCUGCAGAAUUAAACCUGACAGGCCAUUGCGAACCGUACUCCGAGCAUAACCCUUGCGACAAAUAUGCCUCCCAAAUUGCCCAAUGCCAAUCCCUAGGCGUCAAAAUCUUCCUCUCUGUCGGAGGACCCUAUGGGAACUAUACACUUUCUUCAGCUACAGAUGCCGAAGAACUUGCAAACUACCUCUGGACCAACUUCCUGAGCGGCGAACCUGAUUCAGACGGUCCACUCGGAGAUGUGGUCUUAGACGGCGUUGAUUUUGCCAUUGAAAGUGGUGGUGGGGAGGCGUAUUAUCAAACUGUUGUGCAAUCCCUUGACACACACCGCAGUAGUGAAGGUGCCAGGUAUUUUUACCUGUCAGCAGCACCGUACUGCGAAUUCCCAGAUCACUACUUAAACCAAGCCAUCCACACUUGGAUGUUCGACUACAUCUGGAUAAGGUUCUAUAACAAGGCUUCCUGCGAAUAUUCUGAUGGAGAUGCUCAUAAUCUUUUAGAAGCAUGGGACCACUGGAUCCAUGAAAUCGAGGACAAAAGUCAUUCCUUCUUUGUCGGCCUCCCCGCAUGCAGUGAUGUAGAAGGAUAUAUCCCAGUUGCUAAUCUCAAAAGGAAGGUCCUUCCAAAACUUAAAUCUGCUGGUUCCCUGUUUGGGGGGUUCAUGUUGUGGAAUGAUCUUGUUUGCAAGUAUAGCGACAAACUCGAGCCUCAUGAUCACCUUAAGGCGCCAAUGGAGAACCUAAAACAAUCUGCCUAG